GCUUUCUGUCAGCAUUGUUCCUCCACUCCUUGCAGAGCAGAGGCCACGUCCUGGCGAAAUGAAAAACGUUCGCAUCACCUCCCUUCCCUCUGAUCGCUCACUCGCAACCAAAGACUGUCGCCUUUGCACCAAGCGGCGCAUCCGAUGCGACCGCACUCUGCCUCACUGUCACAAAUGCACCUCCCGCAAUCUUUCCUGUCCCGGAUUCGAUACCUUUCAGCUGAAAUGGACUCAGACAAUUACCCAGAAGCCUAGUUCGACUCGAGACACCAGCACAACCACGGAAAGGUUAUCAAAAGAGGCGGUUCAGGCGUCGACCGAGCUGGCGGUCGCAACCCACCCCGAGGCCGAUGCGACCCCAUCACAAAAUGCUCUCUGGCGCACGCCAUCUCCCACCAGUGAUUAUAAUCUCGUACAACACCACUCGUCGACGGCCUUCUCCGACAAACUGCUCCACUACUUUCAUGUUAUCGUGGUUCCCCGUCUAACUUGGCUGGAUAGUGUGGAUAACCCAUGGAGAAAGGCCAUUCUUCCACUCACUGGUCGCUCUGUCUCUCUCCGACUGUCGCUCCUCAGCCUUGCAGCCGCUCAUUUGUCAGUCACAUCCGCUCCUGGUAGCGCACAGGCAAUUAUUGCGCAGAGAGCCUAUCCGGUUCUCAGAAACGGUACUCUCCAGGCUCUGAAUCAAGCCAUCAGUCGCGAAGUCAGUCAACGCCCUCGGAAGGAUACCGUGGCCGGAGGUGGCGGAAGUUCCGCCCUCACGAUCAUCCUUGCCACAGCAGUCGCUCUCUGCUACGAAGAGAUGCUAAUACCAGAAUCCACAAAUUGGAAUGUGCACUUGCAAGCGUGCCGUGCGAUAAUCGAAUGGAACCAGUUGCGAAACAGUGGCCGGCAGUCCAACGAUGCCUUGUCGAGAUUUGUUGUCAAGGAGGUGGAAGACUUCGAAAUCUUCAAGAAUCUCGUGUCGUUCUCGCAGCAGCAGCCCAGAACCAAGUGCCCCUUGCAGUCAAGUCCCGAAGACCGUCUCUGGGCUUUCACCACUCUUAUUAAUGAAAUUACCGCAGUGGAGCGUUCCAAUUAUGAACUCCAUGGCGAAGGGUACGGGCUGGAGGAGCACGAGAUGGUCAUCUGGCGAGAAAGAGUGGAACAAGCGCACAAGCAGGUCUGUGUCACCGCAGCUUCGGCUUCGCGGCAUGAUGAAGCCACUCGCAUCCACUUCAAUACCAUGGUAAAAGCUCACUACUAUGCUAUUCUGAUCUAUUUGGAACAAGCCCUGGCGCCUCGCAGACACGCAGAGCGGGCCAUCAAUCUCCAUCUAUCUAUCCUGUUCCAAGACCUUCAAGGCCUCGUCAAAGACUCUUCGCAUGUAUUCUCGCAUGUAUUGUUCUUCCCUCUAUUCAUCGUGGGUACCGAAUGCUGGGGCGAUGCGCACAGACAGAGCGCGAUCCAGAAGGCAUUCAUAGAACUAAUUGUCGCGACCGGAGCAUGGUGUAACCACACUGUACUGCAGUUCUUACUUGCCCUCUGGGCUCGACCGGAUUACUGGGGUAUGGGGCAAUGGAUCAGGUAUGCUCGGGAGAAUGAGGGCGAGAUUGGGCCGUUCAUGCUUUUCUGAGCGAGCUGCAACCCCUCGGAUGGCAAUCACGUGACAUCAGCAACAUCCCCCCUGAGCGCACAAUCACCAGGGCAUGAGCAACCGUGGGCUGGGCAUGGAAGCAAAUUGAUCGGGGCAGGCGCUGCAGGGACAACAUGUCCCGAGCUCUCGGGCGAAUCUGAUUGUAUCUGCGCAUCAGGAGACUCCGCCGCCGCCGAUCGUAUCGGAUGGAGUUAUCCCAAAUC